AUGCUCAUGGACCAACGAACCAGACUGCGUAAGGCUUGUGACGCCUGUAGUAUCCGAAAAGUGAAGUGCGACACCAGCGGACCACCCUGUCGGUCAUGCGCAAGCUUGGACAUCCCUUGCACUUAUGAACGACCGAGUCGACGUCGCGGUCCCCCUAACCGCCAUGCAGAGGCAUUCAAAAAGCAAAAACUAGCAGAGUCCCCUGCAGGCUCCCCAAGUCCAUCAGACCAUGCCACCCCGGGUCCCCCCGGGUCAGUGGGGAGCACCACCAUCCCCUCGUCCACCCCAGCACCUUUAUCGGCGGAGUCCAUUUGUUAUAUGCCGACCCUGUGGCUAUUAAUAGACGAUUUCUUCACCUACAUUCAUCCCUUAGUUCCUGUCCCCCAUGAGCCCACGUUCCGCGCCGCAUUGGAGCGGCGAGAUGACCUUUCUAACCCUACCUUUUUGGCCCUCACGGCCGCCAUGGUCGGGACACUGGUGGCGUCCUUUCCGCGGAGGCCCAAACGGCAUCUGAAGACGGAGGCGGAGAAGGCAGCAUUUCCACACUCGAUGGCAUUGGUCAGGCGAUGCCAUGAUGUUGCAGUCCAAGCUAGAGGCUACGGCUAUCUGGAUCGAAGCGCGACAGUGUAUGAUGCCGCAACUAGCUAUUUCCUUGGGCUUUGCGCAGGAUACGUCUGGCACAUGCGCCGAUGUCGCGCAUAUUUCGCGGAAUGCCUUACUAUGAUCCAUGUGUAUGACCUUUCUCGACAGUCGAAUCACUUUCGGGCAAUGACUCCGCCAAGCCCCUCUUCCUCGUCGCGUUAUUCGCAAGAUCCUUUUGGCGGCGCGACCGCCGAUCUUCCCGUCGAUAUCAUCGAGCAGGAGCUCGGACGACGCUUAUUUUACACCACCAUCGCCGGCUACCGGACGCUGCAGCAGCUUGGCUCCGGUGACGUGACUAUCCAUGUGCCUCCUGAAACUCCGACUUCGCGUUAUCCUCCCUUGCCCCUCGAAGUGGAUGAUGAGUAUAUCUUCUCCACACAUGUUGAACCACAACCAUCUGACCGGAUUUCCCUUCUGGUGGGCUUCAACGCCAACGUCCGGGUGUUCAAAUCGUAUAAUACUCUCUCCGCCUGGGAGACUGCGUUUGGAAGCGGCCAGGUCUUUGAUUGGGAACGGCAGCGCUCUCUUGCGUGGGAAUGUCUGCAAAAAGCUAAAUCUGGCUUAUCUAAUGUUCCAAGGGAAUUGGCUAUCCAGCUAUCUCAAGAUCCCGAAAUGGGCAACGGGCAUGGCCAAUACGAGACUACACCUGUGGAGGAUCCGCGGGCUCGUAAGCGCCAUAUGCAACUUCAGAUUCAAAAGGCGAACAUCUACGCGAGCCAGUUGGGCACCCGAUCAUACUUGGUAGAGAAAUAUUGGACCUUGUACGGGGCGUGGAAAAUGCAGCGAAAACAGUCCGACCAGCAAAUUCCCGUCAGCCCAAGAACUACGAUUAAGGUUGAAGGUGAGCCGCCGCAAAGUCUAGACACAUACGAUGCGGAAGCCCAAUCAGAUUAUAUUGGGAGGAUGAUGGCAGAAGAGCGUCGGGUGGUGAUCCGGGAUCUAUUCAUCUUGUUGCAAUCGGUCAACGAGAGUAGUAUGGAACCCAACGGCGGCAGUUUCACUGCUAAAAUUCGCCAAAUCGCCUCCACAUUACUCAACUUCCCGCAUCAUAGCAUGAUCACGCCCUCCACUUCUGGUCCCCAACCUUUAACAUCCGCAGAAGCCGAAGCUUACCUUCGCGCAUUCAUUGAUACUCUUGUACGCCUAGAGGGGUUCAAAUCCGGAUCUAGCCAGGGCAAAAGCGGUUCCAGUCCCGAGGUACACCGACAAUCCAUCAGCUAUUUGAGCGAUCACAACCGCGACGAAGAAGAGCUGCGCCAAUGGGCCAGUCUGAAAGAAUACCAGGCCAAGUUUGCCGAAGCAGGGGGCAUGUUAUCCGAACUGUAA